CAACUUCAACUGUCAAGUUGCAUUUUGCAUAGUGCACUUUACGGUGCACCCGCCUGCACUUGUUGCAUUUUGCAUCCAAACAAAAACAUAAAAUUUUUAUCAUUCACUGAAUGAUAGAUUCGAAAUAGUUAAUGUUCAAUGAUUUCCUGUUGUUUGUAUUAUUUCUAGAAAUAUCUUUGUGAUUUGCAUUUAACAAGUGGUGUUUGUUGUGAUUAUUAGCGUUCUCUUUUUGAAACCCGAAUCCCAAAUUUUCCUGUGCCACCGCUUAUCGACGCCGUUUGUAAAUAAUGGGGCUCUCACUUACGACUAAGAAGGAAAAGCCAAAUGAUAUUGCAGAUGAAAGAGGUGACCCAAACUCGGAAUUGAAGGUCGAUCCCAACAUGAAACCACAUAACACAACCCGCCACAAUCAACGGUUAAAAAUUGUGAGAAACACCUCUCCUAAAGUGUUCAAACGAAGCGUAACACCUGAAAAUGAACAUAUAGACGAUAUACCAAAUGAUAUACAGACAGAGAACCCGCCCCAAAUGCCAAUCAAUAAAUGUAUACAAAGGACUCGUGUUUUCAAGAGAUCCAAUUCUAAGACCAAAGAGAAUUCCAGAUUGAUUCUGGAUGAAUGUAAUGAACAAAACGAAGUUAACGGAAAGAAUCCUAGUACAACGGAAACUGACACACAAGAAGCAGAUCGAAAUAAGCCUUGCGUAAUGGAAACAAAUAGACAAGAUAUUGAUACAAUCGAGCAUUGUAUAACGGAAAAUAACACAGGAAAAACAGAUAACCAGAAGUCUUAUAGAAUGGAAACAGAUGGACAAGACAUAACUACAAACGAGCCUUGCAUAAAGAAAACUAACGAAGAAAAAAUUGAUAUAGAUAAGUCUUAUACAACGGAAUCAAAUGGACAAGAAACAGAUACGCAAAAUUCUUCCGUAAAGAAAAGUAACAUACAAGAAACAGAUAGAAAAAAUACUAUUUUAACUAAAACCAAUAGAGGAAAAAUAUAUAGAAAUAAGCAUUGCGAAACAAACUUCAAAGAAACAGAUAGUAACAAUGCUUAUGUAAAGGAAGAUAACAUACAAGAAACAAACGGAAAAAAUGCUUCCGUAACGGAAAUGAAUAAACAAGAAACAUAUACAAACAAACCUUACACAACAGCAGCUAAUGUAAAAGAAAUAGAGAAAAAUACUUCCAUAACGGAAGCUGAUGUUCAAGAAAAAGACAAAUAUGCUUCCGUAACGGAAACGAAUAAACAAGAAACAUACAAUAACAAUACUUACAUAACGGAAGUUAAUGUACAAGAAACAGAUAAAAAGAAAUAUUCCGUAACGGAAAUGAACAAACAAGAAACAUAUAAUAAUAAUACUUACAUAACUGAAACUAACAUACAAGAAACAGACGAGAAAGACACUCGCGUAAUGGAAACGAAUAAGCAAGAAACAUACAAAACGAACACUUGUAUAACGGAAACUAACAUUGAAGAAACAAACGAAGAAAAUACUUCCGUUACGGAAAUUAUAACACAAGAAACUUAUGAAAAUAGAUCUUGUGCAACGGAAACAAACAGAGAUGAAAUAGAUAGUCGGUUUCUCAUUCACAGAAAUUUGAUGCCCAAUAGAUGGAUGUUUACUGAGAACACUCGAACAUGCACCAUUUUUAAUAUAAAUGGUGAAAGAUUUGUAGAAAAGGUGGAUUAUGGUGAUGAAGUCGUGGAAUUUGAAGUUAUUACAGAUACGGAAUCUGAAAGCGACAAUGAAGAUACCGAGUAUACCACAUUCCUCACAAUGAAAAAAACAAGACAUGGAAUUGUCUUCAAUUCCACAAUAAUUCUAUCGGAAUAUCAGUGGAACACAAUCAUAAAUUCCAACGGAAUGCAUUGGUGCUGCGUUUGCUCUUUACCCGUCAGUCCGUUGGAACACAUAAAGACAUACAUUCAUAUUAAAAAUCUAGACCAAUGCAAGCCGAUUAAGAAAUUUGAAAUCAGCAUUACGCGUUUGAUCAACGAACAAUAUCAUUGUGGUGUUUGCAACGAAUUGUUCCCAAUGUAUGAUGAAUAUGAGCAUUAUAAUAGCGAAAGUCAUAAACAGAACUUGGAUCAUGCGAUCGAUACAAAAAAAUCACUAAUAGAUGACCUAAAAGUUCAUUCAAACACUGCGUACAGCAAAACCAAACAUGACGCAUUCGGCUGUCAAGAUAGUUUUGACAGAUACGAUUUUGAGGGAUGCGUGGAUAGCGUUGGAGUGACAAAAGCGAAAUGUUCGAAUAAAGGAAAUAUUGGCGAGAGAAACGGAAGUGCAGGUGAUGUAAACGGGGAUAACGGAAAUUCUGUCGAUAACGGAAAUUCUGUCGAUAACGGAAAUUCUGUCGAUAACGGAAAUGGGGAUAACGGAAUUGAAGCUCGCCUGCCAGUGAGUGGUGUAUCGUACGCGUCAAUGGCUAAGAAAUCAACGACCAUUAUUCCGAAGCCCGUGUCUGUCAAAGUCAAGGGUCGUCAAUACAAAAUCGAUUUCUACUCGUGGAACAUGAUAUUGAGCUUGAAAAGUAAAUUCUAUUGCAUGGCUUGCAAGGAGCACGUGGCAAACAACGGAUCAACUUUGAUCAGCCACUGUACGAGUGAUAGACACGUAUCGAGGUUGAAAUCGUGUGACGUUGUUGAAACAUGCGAGGAAUUUUUAGUGAGGAAGGUUGAUGAUAAAUUCUGCCAUUGUAUACAUUGUAAUAACUUACUAUUACAUAACGAUGUCACAAAUCAUAUAGAAAAACAACAUACAAAAACAAAUCAAAAUCAAACAAACACGACAAAUAACACGGCAAGUUCUGUAGCUAAAGAACUCCCUUCUAAUGCUAACGGAAACGACCAUAACGGAAACGUUGAUAACGGAAAUGACAAAAUGGCCAACAGAACAAACACUCCCGAAGAAAAUAUGAAUAACGACAUUAAUAACGAUGCACGUACCGAUAUUCGAGUAACCGAUAACGAAAUAAUAGUGCAACUUUUCGGUUUUAACAUAAAAAUACCGGUAUUGUCGUAUAACGUUAUUUUUGUCGCGACAUCCGGAUAUUAUUGCGGUGUCUGUCGAAUGGCGAUAGCAAGAAAUCAAAUAACUGAACAUUUAAUUGAUUAUAGGCACAUUUAUAUGUUAAAAAUGUUUCCGUUUCUCAUUGAAUUUGGGGUGAACUUGUUUAGAUUAGUUCCAGAGGGAAUGCACUGUACCAUAUGCAAUAAUUUAAUACCAUUAAAAAAUUGGAAUCUCACCAACCACAUACAAGAUAGAAUGCAUGUUACAUUAUUAAAUAAAGCCCUAAACAUCAAUAUCAACAUGAAAAUUGCCAUCAAAUCAAACGCAUUAACUUAUUCAAAUCCAAUCAGCAACAAUCAAUCAAAUACAUCAAAAUUGCAUCAGAGUGAUUUAAAUCAAUGCGAUGAAAAUGUACCGAACGAUCGUGCAAGAGAUAACAAAGAUGCAUUGAAUAGCAAUCAAUCGAAUGCGAUUGAUGUAAAUCAGCCGGAUUUGAAUGAUUUAAACAAUUGGUAUGAAAAUGAUUCGGAUUCAAGCGACGUGGAUGAUUUCGAAGAAGAGGAAAAUGUUAUUUUAGUUAUAAAAAAUUACAAUAUACCCGUGUCUAUAACUGCGUUUAAUAGUUUGGUUGGAAUGGGCGAUGGUACACGAUUUUGUUUCGUGUGUUCUAAUAAUGUUAUUGAUGUGGGCAGUCACGUGAAGGGAUUUGAACAUUUGAAAAAUAUGAAUGAAUAUAAAUAUUUGGAUGAGUACAGCAAACAUUUGAUUCGGCAGAACUCAAACGGCUAUCACUGCACCAUAUGCAACGUACUAAUAUUCAAGAAACAUUUGAAAAACCACUUGAACUGGCCGGUACACGUCGAAAGCGAUUCGUUCAAAAUUAAACAAUCGGACGUCAUAUUGCGAAGGCACAUAGUAGAAACGGCCAAAGAGGCCCCAUACCUCUACAAAGAAUCGAAAAUCAAUAUCCUGUGGCACUUCGAAUUUCAAAAUGACAAAGUGACAGCGAAAAGCGCGCGAACGACUUUGACAAUUGUCAUCAAGGGUAAAGCUUUCAAAGUGUCGUGGGACGCGUGGAAUGGAAUAACCGGGAAUAAAAAUGGCCGCCGAUGCAUCAUAUGCCAGAUUAAUUUCGAUUCCUGUGAUCUGUUGAAACAUGUUGCGAUGGCGGCGCAUUUGGAGAAAUUGGAUCGGAAUUUCGAAAUGCAGUAUCUGCCAGCUUUAAUGAGGAGGGUCAACGAUAACACCUUGCACUGCCUGGUCUGCAACUUAGAGCUGCUGAAUCCAAAGAAAACGCGCCAGAGUCAUAUCCGCGGCAAGAGGCAUGUGAAAAAUCAGGAAAACCUACAAAUACUGGAUGUAAAAUCGGUUGAUGAGCACGAAGAUGUCUUUAUAUUGCGGUGAAGCGGUUAAAAAAGAAAAACAAAACAGUUAAAAAUGGAAUUCGGAAAAUGGCGGGAAUGUUUUUUUUUUUUUACUUGACAUUAUAUUAAUGUUGCAAGUCUUAAAGACUUUUGUGUGAGUUACGUUUUGAAGUUCGAUUAAAACCUUCAUAUUAUUUCAUGCUCAAAAAUUCAUUAAUAUCAGGUGUGAAAGCAGAACAUCAUAAUACAUAAAUGAUAAAUAAAAUAUACAGGGUUGUUUGUGACAUGUUUAGAAUUAAUGAUUUUAUGUAAAUAAAUGCGUUGGUUAAGCCAUUCCCAUCUUACGAACGGCUGAACUGAUUAUCAUGAUUUUCUAUGUCUAUAUAUAUUUAAAUAUUUACAAAAAAAUUUGCUUAGGUUUAAACAAAGAAAAAAAAACUUCAACUAAAUUGUCUCACUUGCUCUUAUACAGAGUAUAUGUAAUACAAAUAUUAAAUCCUGCCGAUCCUAAUCAGGAUAACGAGACAUGAAAUUAUUGUAUUUUAACGAUUUAUGUCCAAAGUUUGAAUUAAAACAAACAUAUUUAUUAUAAUUGAUGGAAAUUACAAUUACUAUAUGCUAGUUACCAAUUACCAUUACAGAACUAGCAUUCCGCCCCGGGUUCGCCUGUGGUACAUCUUACAUAGAGUGUAUAUGACACUCAACAGUGAAAUAACUUAAAAUUGAAAUAGUUCCUGAUAUAAGCGCGUCCAAACAAACUCUCUUUACUAUAUUCCGGUUU